AUGUGUAAAAAUCCACAAACAAAACUAUUUAAAUUUAUUUGCAAACAAGUAGCCGUAAUGCGCGAACCCUACCGUAAAUCAUCUUGGACGGAGAGCAAAAUCAGUAAGCCAAAUAAAACACAAGGAGCUGUCUUUAAAAAGAACAACAAAUCUGCAUGUAUUAAUAAAAUGGAACAAGUUAUCAGACCAACAGCAGCGUCGAAUAAAAAAGAAUGUAUAAGUACCCGGUAUGUUCUUCUUAGGGAUGUACCGAGACUAGAACGUAGUUAACAUAAAUUGACGUUUUCUUCUAUAGAAAUCUCCCAGAUUCAACAGAAUUUCUUACACAGUCUAUUCAGUUUUGUCUGUUCUAUGUACUCCUGUACUCAAAAAAAACUAUCCUCAAAAAUAAAGGUUCAAG